AUGGCCGACGUCGCAGAGACCCCCGUCAAACAGGAGCUGGCCUCCAGCCCGACCAAGCCGACAGUAGAUCCCACACCACAAAAACGCAAAGCAUCGCCGGCAGACGACGACAGAGAUGAUGCGACAAAGCGACCAAAGGUUGAUUCGCCCGAUGACCGCGCACAUGACGCCCGGCGCAUGUCUCACACGAGCGCAAGCUCGAGGCCAGACACGCGCGACCUGCACCACCACGAUGCGCCAGACGAUCGCGGCCGGCGCGGAAACGCUGUGUCCAAAGACGAAGAGAAGAAGCGUGGAAAGCGACUGUUUGGCGGAUUGCUCGGCACACUGAACCAGUCUGGAGGCGGCGCCCAGUUGAAGCGACGGCGCGAAAUUGAGCAGAGGCAGCAGGAGAGGGUACAGAAGCAAAAGCUCGAGGCCGAAAAGAGGUCUGCCGAGAGGCUCUCCAGAAUCACCCAAGUCCGGAGAGCUGAGCAGAUCAAUUUUGAGGAGAAAGUGAUGAAAACGAGGCACGCGAAUAUGCUAGCGAGAGCUCACUCAUUACAGACCAAAGCCGAGCCUCGAAUCUAUUACCAGCCGUGGAAGUUCACCCGAGCGCAAGACGAUAUACUCGACGACCAGAUCGCAGACGCCAAAGCGACAAUCGCAAGGGAGGUGGAGGAGUUCGCUCUCCGCAGACACCAACACGACCGAGCGCAUGGCCACAGGAGGCUGAGCACAUCGCAAUAUGAUAAAAAGGAGCCAGACGCUGCCGUCAGUUCAGCUCCUGCGCCUGCCCCCUCCGCGGCGCCCUCAGAUGUGACGGGCUCUGCACCGGCAACUGUGACGCUUCCUGUUCCUGCAGAAGCUACCAACGAAUCGUCCGUAGCGAAAAGUGUGCAAAUGCACGACGCACACCAGCAGGAUGAGCCCGGCGAUGACGUCGUCGAGGCCGAGGAGGAUACGGUGAUGUACUAA